AGCUGGCAGGAUGGGGACUGCAGCAGUGUCUCCUGCACCCAGAGUGUCUCGCUGUGUUUCAGGGCUCAACACUGCAGGCUGAAGUCACCAAAAAGAGACCGAAAUCCUAGAGAGGGACAACCUGAAAAAACAGAGCUCUCCACUACUGUAGAUGGGGCGCUGGAUAUGCUGCCUUUGCCCCAGAGUUGCAGAUCCAUUGAUGCUGCUCCUGGUUUUGGCUCUGGGCUGUAACCUUUCCACAGCAGCAACAACCUCUCCGCCUGUGCCCCACGUCAAACCCAGCUACAGUUUUGGCCGGACCUUCCUGGGACUUGAUAAAUGCAACGCCUGCAUUGGGACAUCCAUAUGCAAGAAGUUCUUUAAAGAGGAGAUAAGGUUUGACACCUGGCUUUCUUCUCAUUUAAAGCUGCCCCCCAGCUCCCUGCUCAGCUACUCGGGCAACUACACGGACGAUGCCAAGAGCUGGCGGCUGGUGGACAUCACCCGGCUGACCUCCAAGUACCAGCACGACCGCGCCGACAAGCGCAUCUGCACCUCGCUGCUCAAGAGCAGGGCCUGCAGCCUGGAGCGCGCCCUGCGCCGCACCCCGCGCUUCCAGAAGUGGCUGCGGGCCAAGCGCCUCACCCCUGACCUGGUCCAGGGCCUGCCCAGCCCGCUGCUGCGCUGCCCGUCCCAGCGGCUCCUGGACAGGAUCGUGCGGCGCUACGCGGAGGUGCCGGACGCCGGCAGCAUCUACAUGGACCACCUGACGGACAGGGACAAGCUGCGCCUGCUCUACACCCUGGCAGUCAACUCACACCCCAUCCUCCUGCAGAUCUUCCCUGACGUGGAGGGCUGGCCCUUCCCUCGGUACCUGGGCUCCUGCGGGCGCCUGGUGGUCAGCGCCAGCACCCGGCCCCUGCGCGACUUCUUCGGCGCGGCGCCCGAGGUGGCCGCGGACCUGGCGCUGCAGCUCCUGGAUGUGCUGCGCUCCAUGGCCACCAACGACCUCAACUACUUCUUCUACUUCACCCGCGUGGACGCCGGCACCUUCGGUGUGUUCAGCAAUGGGCACCUCUUCAUCCGGGAUGCCAGCACGCUGGGCAUCAUCGACAAGGAGGAAGGGAGCCAGCUGAUGGAUGAGCAACAGGAGCAUAAAGACAUUUUCAGCUGCCUGACUGUGGACUGCCAGUCUGCCUUCGUGUCCUGCGACUCCAUCAGGGAGACGCACAGCCUGGUCCUGGUGUGCCAGGACCUUCUGCCGAAGCUCCUGAGGGGGCGAUUCCCGCCGCCCGUGCAGGAGAGCAUCGACGCCUUCCUGCAGCGCUGUGCCCACGGCCUGGGCACCGGCGGCGGUGCCGGCGAGGCCGCGGCGGAGCUGGCGGCGAUCCUGAGGCCGCUGCGCUCCUGCGACUCCCGCUUCGCCUACCGCUACCCCGACUGCAGAUACAGUGACAAAUACUGACACGGCUGCUGUCCCCAGGCAGUGCCAGCCCCCGCCGGGGCAGCUGGCAAGAGCUGCCCUGAAUCCAGGGCAUUCUCAGUGAGAAGGAGGGAGCAGAGCGCGCAUGGGUUUAUUAUUCAUCUCCCAGAGAUGAGUUUGUGACAUGGGAUAUAGACGUGAUGUGAGCUUUAUGGAUUGUUAUCGUUGUCGUGGCUGACAAGGGGCCUCAGGAUUAAUAAAUCUCAUUCACGUGUUUUGGCCUUGGAAGAGUUUCCCAUGCCAUUGGUUGAAAAGCAAGGCAGGAUGCUCACAACCAGCUAGACAGAGGACACUUAUUGCCAAGAAACUCUUUCUG